AUGGAAGAAAUGGAAGGCAUCUGUGACAUGAAUACUGAUAAGACAGAAACAAAUUUUCCAUGUCUCGUCUUUUGUUUAUUCUCCAUUUCUUCCACAAGUCGAGUCAAAGCCGAAAGUUUUCAUUUGCAAGAAGGUAAAAGUUUUCGAAAUUUAUACGACAUUCCUGAGAUUAAAAAACUUUCUUAUAAAGCACAAAAUAGAAUAAAAUUUAAUUAA